AUGGCGCCCAUCCAGCGAAUGCUGGCCUUUGGCGUCCUCUUGGCUGGCGCUGCUCAUGCCGCGGUACACGGAAACACAACGUUACCGGGCAGCAAAAAUGCUACUGCUGCUGCGGCGGCGGCGGCAUCUUCGUGCAAGCAGCUCUCAGUCAAGGACGGCGAUACGUGCUUCAGCAUCGGCCGUCAAAACAAUGUCACCUACGCGCAGCUUCUAUCGUGGAAUACCAGUUUGGACCCUAUUUGUUCAAACCUGAACAACCAGACGGAUUCCAAGAUCUGCAUCAGCAACCCGCUUGGAAGCUACACGAUGCCCAACAACAACGUUGGCGCUACUACCGGAACUGCUGUUCCUACUCCGCUAGCCAGCGGGACCACCAAUCGUUGCAACCACUACUACAAGUAUAAGACUGGAGAUGAAUGUACAACCUUGCUCCAGACUUUUGCCAUUUCGCGAGAUGACUUUGUUUUCCUAAACCCCGAGCUUGGUCCUAGCUGCAGCGGUUUCGUCGAAGGCGCAUACUAUUGCGUCGAAGCCGUCGGCAACAUCCAUACGUAUCCUGGCUACGGCGAGGCGACCACCACGGUACCCUUCAACCCAGUCAGCAUGACCAGUAUUCCUCUUACUAAGCUGCCCCGGCAAACUGGACUUCCCUAUGCCAACGGCACUCGUCUUGACUGCGCCAGGUACACUGUUCUAAAUGAGACGGUCAACAACCCUCUAAGCAACUGCUGGGUGCUUGCUAUUGCUCUCGAUGUGUCGCGCGAGGAUAUGGUUCUAUGGAAUCCGUCGCUAAGCGAGUCACCAGGCAAACCUAAGAGUAUCGACGUUGGCGCAACCACGACCAUGCCUGCCCAGUACAACUAUCCGUGCACACUUGCCGCCAACAGCUCCUACUGCGUUGAACUGAUGGAGCCAACUCCUGUACCUAUUCCUAGCGCUGCACCUCCAAGCCCCCGUGCCGCGGGCGAGAUUGAGGGCUGCACCGCAUGGUACCAGGUUACCGAAUUUGGUAGCUGUGAGACCGUAGAGGCCAUGGGCGGUCUCACCUUGGAACAGCUGUUCAAGUUCAACCCGUCCAUCAAGGCGGACUGCACUGCGCUCGCCAUCGGCACAUAUUACUGCAUCUCCAUCUGGCCAAACGGUGACGGUCCUCCCGAUGACGGUGACGGCGGCAGCAACCCAACAACGACAGGCAUCCACACACCCUCUCCAAUCCAGACGGGCAUGGUGACCAACUGCGACAAGUUCUACAAGGUCCAGCCCGGCGACCCGUGCCCUGAUAUUGCCAAGAACAACUCCAUCGCCCUCAGUGACUUUUAUGCCUGGAACCCUGCUGUCGGUGCUGACUGUCGUGGCCUUCAAGCUGACGUCUACGUCUGCGUGCACACUUCUGGUUCGUCGACGCCCACGACGACUGGCGGCACUGGUAUUGCUACGCCCUCACCAACGCAGCCCGGCAUGGUCUCGGGCUGCAACCGAUUCUACAAGGUCCAGUCUGGCGACGGGUGCGACAAAAUUGCGCAGGAUAACCAUAUCAGCCGUAGCGACUUUAACUCGUGGAACCCGUCCGUUAAGAGUGACUGCACUGGUCUUCUCGCCGAUGUGUACGUGUGCGUCGCUCGUGAUAGCUCAGCAGUCCCUACGACUACGAAGCCUGGUAACGGCGUUGCGACACCAACGCCGACGCAACCAGGCAUGGUAUCUGGUUGUAGCAACUUCUACAAGGUCAAGUCUGGUGACGGUUGCGAUAAGAUUGCGCAGGAUAACCAUAUCAGUCGCAACGACUUCAACUUGUGGAACCCUUCCGUCAAGAACGAUUGCACUGGUCUACUAGCUGAUGUAUAUGUAUGCGUCGCUCGCGACGGCUCGGCCACCCCAACGACCACGAAUUCUGGUAACGGCGUUGCGACGCCUACGCCCACACAGUCUGGCAUGACCGGUCGUUGCAACAGAUUCUACAAGGUCAAAUCGGGUGACGGGUGCUGGCAGAUUGCCCAUGACGCCAACAUCAACUUGGAUGACUUUUAUUCUUGGAACCCUGCGGUUCGUAACGACUGCACUGGUCUCCAAGCAGAGGUCUAUGUAUGCACCGGCGUAUUUUAG